GUCGGUUGGAUACGGAAGCCGGCACGGCCGGAGAGGGCGAAUCCUGCCACCUGAAGUCGGUCUCGCUGCCGGGAGCGGGGGCCUCUGGUUUUGAUGGCGGCCGAAGGCGGCAGCGGCAGCAUGGAGGGGAAAGAGCCCCAGGCCGUGGUCACCUACUACCGGCUCGAGGAGGUGGCGAAGCGCAACUCGGAGAAGGAGGUGUGGAUAGUGAUCCACGGGCGAGUCUAUGACAUCACCGCCUUCCUUGGCGAGCACCCAGGUGGAGAAGAGGUUCUGAUGGAGCAAGCUGGUCGGGAUGCGACUGAAAGCUUUGAAGAUGUGGGACACUCUUUGGAUGCCAAGGAAAUGCUCAAACAGUACUAUGUUGGGGAAGUCCAUCCGAGUGACCGUGAAGGUGAAAGAUCUGAGAGUUCAGGUUCAGCGUGCAGAAGCUGCUGGUCAAAUUGGAUGAUCCCUGUCGUGGGUGUUGUCCUCUUAGCUGUCAUAUAUCGAUUUUACAUGUCGGAGAACAAGUUGUCCUGAGUCAGCCUCUUUGGAACCUGGAAAGUGAAUACACUAGAGACAAAAAAAGCGUGCAGUCCUGCUCUGGUAGGAUUGCUGGAUUCCCCUCUCUUUGAGUCCUGCCAAUUUUAUUGCCCUCCUGCUAAGUUACAAUGGGCAUGCCAACCGUCCGCCUCUGAACUAGGCCAGCGAGCCUCCUUAUACAGUUGCAAUGCCUUACUUACCCCCCGAGGCAUCCUGAUCGUCAAACAUUUCAUUCUCUUGCCUAUUAAUUUUUCCUGAAGUUUUUGUAAAUAACUUCAUUCCACAAUUUUCUGUCAGCCAGUUCAGGGAAGUGGAGAAGUCAUUUGAAUGUGUAUAUGUAAAACAGUUCUGUGAUUUUACAAAAAAAAAUGCUGUCUGUUUACAGUGUCUUUCAAUAAAAAUAUCUUCCUCUGGCACUUUGAGCUUAGAGUGGGCAUUCUCAAAAGGACAGCAGAAUGUCUGGUUUUGAGGAUGAGAGGAUGUUUUUUUUUUUCUAUAUAUUGGUAGCUACUUUGAAGCAAAUACCAAUUUUUAAAAGUUACAGUCUAACUUAAUUCCAUUAAUUUAGUUAUUUCUGUGAUAUUUAAUUUAAAGUGCAUAGCUCCUGUUACCUGGAACACAGUUUUCUAAAUUGUCAUUUUUGAGGCUAAUGUUGUAUCCUUGUUUCCCCACAAGAGUAGCACUUGGCCUCUGUGGUCUCAAUUUCUUUUCUUUUUAAAGUGGUGUUUGAAAUAAACUAGUCUCUCCUUUGGUGAGUGAGUGGGUUCUUUUAGGCUCUGAUGAGUUCAUAGGAGCCUUGAGGAAGGGCUGGGUAUGGAGGUGGGAAGGCGUGACAGUGGAUUUGGAUGAAAAAGUUUCUGAGGUACUUCUGAGCAAGUGGUUUGAGGAAACAGUAAUCAUUCCUAUGGCUUGGUACUUUUUUUUUCUUUUAGUCUGUUAAAAAAUAACAGCAUAUCUAAGUUCAGAGUAAGUCUGGUGAGCUUUCUCAGAGUAUUUGUGUAAUUUAGUGGAUUUUGGAGGAAUCCUGAUUGCUUAAGAGACCAUGACUCCAGAUGUAUCCAUGACAUUUGGGAUGAAAAAUAGUUGGUACAAUAAUAUGACAUUUGUGGGUGGAAUAAAUAAGAAGAGAAAAUGUUCGAGUUUAUGCUUCUCUCUUUGACCUCUGUGGCUCCCAGGUGUUUGUAACCAAUCCUGUUGGAAUGAACUACCAUAAAAGAGACAUCCUGGUUUUUUUCUUGGCAUGGGUGUUUUUACCGGUGGCUCACUUGUGGUACUUCCUAGGAGCAGAUUGUCCCACACCCUAGACUUUCUCCUUUCCCCUGUGUACAUGCUAGACUAACUGUGUCCCACAAAGGCACUGUUCUGUUGAUGAUUCUCACCUAUCCUGUGAGAAUAACCUCAUCGAGCAGGGAAGCACCACCACCUCUGCCCAUUUCCUCCUCCCCUCCUUCUUCGCUCUGCCAGGGCCCCGGCGAGACAGGAAGCCGCUCAGCAAACCUGUGUCUGCCCAUGCAAACCAUUCAAGAAAAAGUGCAGCCAAGGUCUUGUAUACUCUGAUUUAGCAGAUGACUGAAUGCAGAAUUCAUCAAAUAGUGUUUAUAAACUUUUAUGUGCACAUAUGGUUACUGCAUGUGGAUACCUAAAGGGUUUCUGGAAGAAAUUUUAUGGAUUUCUGGGAUAUGUAUGAUGCAGCCUUUGUUUUGGAAAAUGUAUUGGCAUCUAUUGCAAACCCCUUACUUUCAGAUGUGAGCUAUAUGGUUGAGAAAAUCUUUUAAUUGCUCUUUGUAAAGGAACAUUAGCCAUUGCUUCCUCUAAAUUGUGUAGGAUGAGAAUACCUUGAGUAAAGGGAUUGACAACAAUUAAUGAGAAUAAAUUGGUUUAUCUGGAAAUGUAGGGGUAUUUAUUGUCUUUGGGGGGUGGGGGGAGUGAGGAGAGAAUGCUGGGUUGGAGAAGGAAGCAAGCAUUGGAAGUAAAAUGAAGCCAGAAGAAGACUCAUAUGUAUUAGAGAAGUACAUUGGCGAUAUUCAAAGUUGCAUGCAAACCAGCUGGGUUGUAAGAAGUUUUGUAAAACUGUCCUCAUGUAAAAAUGGUGUUUUGAUAUUUUAGGGUAAAACAGUAAUGUGUUUUUCUGUUUUCUGCUGGACAUCUUUUCCUGUUUACAUCUGGAAUUGUUCUUCCCCAGAGCCGGAUGAAAAUUCUUUGGUCUCAUCCCUACCACACAUAAAAACCACCCAAACGUUGAGUUCCUUUUUGGACUCAGACUGCUCGUGUCAUGUCUUUAGUUGUAUUGUUAAAACUGCUCUUGUGUACAUUCGCUACCAUGUUGUAUUGGAAACACCUGUUCCAGGUAUCUCUCUAAGCAAGAGAGCCCAUAACAUCUUUCUAAUGGAUUUGAGCAACAAGAUGACCCAGUUAACUCCAUUUGUGCUGUAAAUAAAAGCCAGACUGCUCAUCAAUUUCAGCAUCAUUGGAUAGACAGCAAAAGCUGGUCUAAGGUAUCUGUGAAAUAACUCCCCUUGGGCCCCAACGCUCACUGGCACUGGCCUCGGGGGUAUUUUCUUGUUUAUUCUGGAGGAAAAUUAGCUCUCAUGCGCUAGCUACACUGAGUCAGAGGCAUAAUGUCUAGGGAACAAAUUUAGGAAAGAGGCUGGGGGAGCUGGUGCCACCCAGAAUACACACUGUCGGCUGUGCCAGUUGGCGAGUCUUUGCACCAGCUCCCUAGAAUUCCCUCACCCUACCCCUGGAGUAAUUGGUUUCAUUGGCUUCUGUAGUUGUCAAGAGAGGGAGGUGGCAGAAACAAAGUUAGUAUUGUGUUUCUCGGGGGAAUAGCGUCACCAGAAGCAAAAUCCAUUGGAACCUAUAAUUUCAACCUCUGGAGUUCGUUCCUUUAGCAGAGGUCAUAAAAGUAAUAAGUAUUGUGAAAUAAGAGUGUUGUUGAGUUCCUAUUCACUUAUGAAUAUUCUUGUUCAGUUGUGAGGUAUUGAAAAAUAUUUUACAGGCCAAGUAUGUCAUUAUGACACCUCAUGCUUAAAAUCUGAGGUGAUGCCUCUCUAGUUUAAAUUCCAUUUUAGGAGAUAGAGAUGACAUAGGCAGAAAAUGGAAACCUGCUCCUACUCUCCUAGAGCAGGAGGCAGUCAGUCCUGACUCGUCCCAACAAGAGUGUGAUUUGUCAAACUGUCUUCCUCUGUAGUUGCCCAGCAUGACAAAACCAUUGGAGAGUUUAGCCAGAGUUGGCUGUCUUAACUCCACAGAAGCUAGGGUAGGAAUGUGCGGGGGUGAUGCAGCAUAGAAAUGUUUCUCCAAUUACCUGCUAUGUUGUGGGUUUGGCACCUUAGUCCUUCCUUAACUAGCAACUUUGUUUUCAGCACAUAUGUCUUAAAUUUGUCCAAUUGGGGAAAAAUACUAGUAUAAUUUAAAUUGCCUUUCUUUCUAGCAUACGUACCCGACUGACCAUAAAUGUGUGAUAAUCAGCAUCCCUCUUGUGUGUUCAGUAAUGGAGUGUGUUCACCUUUUUAAUUUCAGAAUAGUUUACACAGAGAUCUUUGUCUUUUCCUAAUGAGACAGACAGUGAAUGUUUGUUAGAGUGGACACACAAUAAAGAUACUGUUUUCUUUUUUCUUGA